GUACCUCGUGUAGCUUCAGUCUGGCAAUCAGUCAUUCCCAAGGCCUUCAGAAAACCCGAUGACCCCGUCUCUGUCGCCGAGCGCAAGAAGGCCCAAGCAAUGAAGUCCAAGGAUUGGAACCCUGCUACCUUCUUCAUCGUCAUCGCGCUCCUGAUCGGCUCCAACGCCAUUCAGAUGAUUGCACUGAGGAACGAACGUCAAGGUUUCACACGCAAAACAGAAGCAAAGAUUGCUCUCCUUAGGGAGACGAUCGACCGUGUACACCGUGGAGAAGAUGUCGAUGUGGAACGCAUCCUGGGCACCGGCGACCCGGAAAAGGAGAAGGAAUGGGAAGAGGUCAUGCAAGAACUCGAGUCGGACAACAUUCUGUGGAAGAAGAAG